UUUGAAAGACUACUGAUCACAACAGUAAGAGGAAAAUAGCAGAAGAAAACUACCAGAAACUGCCACUGCUGAAACUUAAUUUAGAAGCAGUAAACUUUUAAAAGGGGAUACAAUGGCAAGCCAUUUGUGGCUUUGCCUUCCAGUAAUAGUCUGCACAUAUGUGGCGAUCACUGAAGCAUCAUUAAGUAAGUCUUCAAUUAAUCUUCCUGAUUGGAGGCAGAAUGCAGAUUAUAUUACAAAGUGUGACUUUAACAGUGAUGAAUCUCCAUUCUGUGACUGGAGUCAGGAGGGGUUAAUCAGAAGCCCAGCAGGACAUGAGAAAUUCUACCUCUCAAGAGAUCUAAUGAGCCCUGUAUCUAGGUUAAAGACUGAGGUUUUUUAUCUCUCUGGAGCCUCGUGUCUUGAAUUCUGGUAUUACAAGCCAGGAUAUGAGAGCUCAGAACUGAGAGUCCUGCUAAGUAAUGAUGAUGAUGCCCUAACACAAAUCUGGAGUUCUCUGCAUACUGAGGGCCAUACCUGGAAGCAGGUCCUCAUUCCUCUGAAUUACUCAGAGAUUCAUGUUAAGAUUAUUUUUGAAGUAACACAAAGACAGGGAAUGGAAGAAACUGUCUUUGACAGGAUUGGAAUACAGCGAGGACAGUGUGACUCCCAGUGCAAUCCAGACACUCAGUUCUGGACAGAUGAAUUCACUCAGUGUACCUGUAUUGAAAGUCAGCUGACCUGUACCAAAAUUGCUUGUGGGGAUGGUCAACCCUGCAGUAAGGCUAUUCAGUCCAAAAGGUCAAGUGACUCAUUCACAUCUGGCACCUGCAAAGUUGCGAGUGACCUGCGAUACACCACAUUUGAUGGGGUCAAAUCUCGUUUUAUGGGUCAUUGUAUUCACCUACUGACAGAGGUGUGUGAUGAGGCUGGAUUGCUUCCAUACUUUGUGAUGGAGGUUGAGAAUGAGCAAAUAGGCAAAUCAUCUAAAGUCCACAUCCAGCAGGUGAAUUUGAACAUACAACAUCUAAGAGUGACUCUGCCAAGAAGAGAAAAAAGAAAAAUCAUGGUAAAUGGGAUUUGGAAGAAACUACCCCUGAGUCUAGAUGAAGGCAAAAUAAAAAUCAGUGCCUAUGGACCAGAUGUAGUGCUUCAGACAAACUUCAACCUGUCUGUUUCUUUUGCCAAAACUGGUGCCCUUGAGGUAAGCGUACCAAUCCAGUAUUCCAACAAACUCUGUGGCAUGUGUGGCAACUUUAACAACUUAAUGGAUGAUGAUAAGAACAUGCCAGACAGAUCUCUGGUCAAGGACACCCAGAUUUUGGGGCAAAAGUGGAAGAGUGCCAGUUUUUACUGCCAAGACCCCAUUGUACCAAGCAUGUGUUCAGAAUCUGAGAAACUGGAAUAUGCAGACAAGUUGUAUUGUGGAGUUCUGCUGUCCCAAAAUGGCCCAUUUGCCAAGUGCUCUUCUUCCCUUGAUACUUCAAGCCUCUUCAGAAACUGUAUAUCUGAGAUGUGUACUACUAAAGGAGACCAUGAAGCCUUCUGUGAUGUCCUGCAGGCAGUUGAAAUGUCCUGCAGUGAGGUUGGAAUUUCUGUGACUGGCUGGAGAAAUGCAACUCACUGUUCUCUGGCCUGUGGGUCUAACAGCCACUUUAAUGCCUGCUCCAGUGAUUGCCCUGCCACAUGUUCUGGCCUGGAUGCUGCAGAGGAUUGUGGAAGGUGUCAAGAGAGAUGUGACUGUGAUGAUGGCUUGCUGCUAAGUGGAGAUAGGUGUGUACCUAUGGAAGACUGUGGGUGCUGGGUCGAUGGACAGCACUAUCAGAAAGGAGAGAGUUUUAUGGAUGACAACUGUGAGAGUCUAUGCAUGUGUGCAGGCCAGGGCAAUAUUCAGUGCUCUGCAGUUUCCUGCCUGACCCAUGAAGUCUGUAAAGUCGAGAAUGGUGUCAUAGGCUGCUUCCCUUCCAGUCCAGUAACCUGCAGUGUCUAUGGUGAUCCCCAUUACAUCACCUUUGAUGGCAAGGCCUAUUCAUUCCAAGGAACGUGCAACUACACCAUUGCUAAAGCAUGUGAUGCUGGUGCAGUUCAGUUCACACUAACAGCACGGAAUGAGGAGCUGAGAAACUAUACAUCUUCAUCUCUGAAUUCUGUGGCUCUGGAUGUGGAUGGCUUUCACCUUGCAAUCAGACAGAACAAGCUGGUUUAUGUGAAUGGAAGCCAAAUCACUCUUCCUUUUUCACACAGCACCUCAGUGAGUGUCUCCCAAACAGGUCCAUAUGUGAAAGUGGAAACAAACUUUGGUUUGAGGUUCCUGUUUAAUGGGAAUGACCGGCUCUUUGUGCAAGUAGAUGAGAGACACAAAGGCAGAAUGUGCGGACUUUGUGGAACCUACUCUGGAAGUCAGUUUGAUGACUUUUUGACACCUGGUGGCAGUGUUGUCCCAUAUCCACAUGUUUUUGCUAAUAGUUGGAAUACUCAUGACAAGGAAUGGCCUUGUAUCAAUGGGUCUGAAAAUAAACCUAAAUGUUCACCUGAGUUGGAGAACAAGGGAUUUCAGGAGUGUAGUAAGCUGUUUGGAGAGGACUUCAAAGCCUGCCACUGGUUUGUGCCCCCUCAGAUCUUUGUGAACAGCUGUGUGCAUGACUUUUGCACCUCAGGGGGAGAUCAGACCCAACUAUGUACUUCUUUAGAAAAUUAUGUGGCUGCCUGUGAAGUGUCUGAGGUGUUUCUGGGAGACUGGUGGAAGGGAACAGUCUGUGAUGUUCCAACCACACUACCAACAGUAAAACCAAGCACCCCAACACCUUCACAACCCACCACCAUAAUUUCCAGUGCAAGUUGUUCAUGGAGCUGCAACUUUGACCAGGAUGAAUGUGGAUGGGAACAAUUAAUACAGGACAGUUUUGAUUGGACAAGAAUGUCUGGAUCAACACCUUCUGAUUUCACUGGCCCAAGUAGUGAUCACACUACAGGAAGUGGCUUUUACAUGUAUAUUGAGGGUGACGGAGUGUACCAUGGUGACUCAGCUCGCAUGUUGAGUCCAAAAUGCAAUACUUUGGGCACCCAGUGCAUGACUUUCUGGUAUCACAUGUAUGGUGGGGAAUUCAUGAUGCUUAGUGUCUACCUGUUAGAAGAGAACCGUGCAACCAAAAUAUGGUCUAUAGCCAAUAAUCAGGGCAACCAAUGGCACCUUUCCCAAAUUGAGAUUAACCCAAUAGGACCAUUCCGGAUUAUUGUGGAAGGCAUAAGAGGUUUAAAUGCUCAGUCAGAUGUGGCAUGGGAUGAUGUGACCAUAGUACAUGGAAAAUGUAGAUUUAGCAUGAGGCCAGAGCCUGAGGUGCCAUCACCAACCAUGUCUAUUACUACCUCAGUGUGUGGAAUGGACUGCAAUUUUGAGAACAGUCUUUGCACAUGGACUCAAAUGUUAACUGAUGUUUUUGAUUGGACAAGACACAAUGGUUCCACCCCUACACCAAAGACUGGACCCUUGUCUGAUCACACAACAGGAGAUGGUUACUACCUCUACAUUGAGGGUGACAGUGCUGCUCAUGGAGACACAGCACGUCUCCUCAGUGAGGAGUGCUCUGAUGUACAACCCCAGUGUCUGCAGUUCUGGUAUCACAUGUAUGGCUCAAGCUGGACUAUGGGUCUGAGUGUCUACCUAUUGCAUGGGAAUGUGGCUCAGGAGGUUUGGAGAAAGCAAGAGGACCAGGGGAAUGUCUGGCAUCAGGCUCUUGUGGACAUCACACCCCAUGGCAAAUUCAGGAUUUUAUUUGAAGGACGUAGAGGCCACAGUGAUAGGUCAGAUGUUGCUUUGGACGACGUGUCAUUACAAAGAGGACCCUGUGCAGGUUUACUGAAAGAUCCGAAUGGUUCAUCUGUAUCCAAAUUGUCACCUAUAAUCUCUACUGUCAGCAGCACAAGUACACCUCCAGAGCCACCUAUAAAAAACACCAUAGUCGUGCCGGUUCAUAGAAAUGACCCUGCACCAGUGAAAUCUAAGCUCUCAACUAUUUGCAGAAUGAACUGCAAUUUUGACUACAAUUUGUGCACAUGGACCCAGUUAUUGACUGAUGUUUUUGACUGGACGAGACAACAAGGCUCCACUCCUACAUCACUGACUGGUCCCUCCUCUGAUCACACAACAGGAACUGGUUACUACCUGUACAUUGAGGGUGACAGUGCUACUCAUGGAGACACAGCACGUCUCCUCAGUGAGGAAUGCUCUGAUGUACAACCCCAGUGUCUGCAGUUCUGGUAUCACAUGUACGGCUCAAGCUGGACUAUGGGUCUGAGUGUCUACCUGUUGCAUGGAAAUGUGGCUCAGGAGGUUUGGAGAAGGAGAGAAAACCAGGGGAACACCUGGCAUCAGGCUCUAGUGGACAUCACACCCCAUAGCACAUUCAGGAUUUUAUUUGAAGGACGCAGAGGAGACAAUGCUAGAUCAGAUGUGGCUUUGGAUGACGUCUUUAUACACCCAGGACCCUGUGCAGACUUAAUAAACCAUCAGACUGCUUCACCUGCACCUGAAAAGCCAACACUAAUCCCUAAAGUCACCAGUGCAACUACAAAAUCUGCAUUCUCACCUGUGUGUGCAUUUGACUGCAAUUAUGACAACAACCUGUGCACAUGGAGUCAGUUAGCGACAGAUGUUUUUGACUGGACGAGACACAGCGGUCCUACAUCUACAGCAUUGACUGGCCCCUCAUCUGACCACACAACAGGAACUGGUUACUACCUGUACAUUGAGGGUGAUAGCGCCGCUCAUGGAGACACAGCACGUCUCCUCAGUGAGGAAUGCUCUGAUGUACAACCCCAGUGUCUGCAGUUCUGGUAUCACAUGUAUGGCUCAAGCUGGACUAUGGGUCUGAGUGUCUACCUGUUACAUGGGAAUGAGGCCCAGGAGGUCUGGAGAAAGAGAGAAGACCAGGGGAAUGUCUGGCAUCAGGCUCUAGUGGACAUCACACCCCAUGGCAAAUUCAGGAUUUUAUUUGAAGGACGUAGAGGCCACAGUGAUAGGUCAGAUGUUGCUUUGGACGACGUGUCAUUACAAAGAGGACCCUGUGCAGGUUUACUGAAAGAUCCGAAUGGUUCAUCUGUAUCCAAAUUGUCACCUAUAAUCUCUACUGUCAUCAGCACAAGUACACCACCAGAGCCACCUAUAAAAAACACCAUAGUCGUGCCUGUUCAUAGAAAUGACCCUGCACCAGUGAAAUCUAAGCGCUCAGCUAUUUGCAGAAUGAACUGCAAUUUUGACUACGGUUUGUGCACAUGGACUCAGUUAUUGACUGAUGUUUUUGAUUGGACGAGACAACAAGGCUCCACUCCUACAUCACUGACUGGUCCCUCCUCUGAUCACACAACAGGAACUGGUUAUUACCUGUACAUUGAGGGUGACACCGCUACUCAUGGAGACACAGCACGUCUCCUCAGUGAGGAAUGCUCUGAUGUACAACCCCAGUGUCUGCAGUUCUGGUAUCACAUGUACGGCUCAAGCUGGACUAUGGGUCUGAGUGUCUACCUGUUGCAUGGAAAUGUGGCUCAGGAGGUUUGGAGAAAGAGAGAAAACCAGGGGAACACCUGGCAUCAGGCUCUAGUGGACAUCACACCCCAUAGCACAUUCAGGAUUUUAUUUGAAGGACGCAGAGGAGACAAUGCUAGAUCAGAUGUGGCUUUGGAUGACGUCUUUAUACACACAGGACCCUGUGCAGACUUAAUAAACCAUCAGACUGCUUCACCUGCACCUGAAAAGCCAACACUAAUCCCUACAGUCACCAGCGCAACUACGAAAUCUGCAUUCUCACCUGUGUGUGCAUUUGACUGCAAUUUUGACAACAACCUCUGCACAUGGAGUCAGUUAGCGACAGAUGUUUUUGACUGGACAAGACACAGCGGUCCUACAUCUACAGCAUUGACUGGCCCCUCAUCUGACCACACAACAGGAACUGGUUACUACCUGUACAUUGAGGGUGACAGCGCUGCUCAUGGAGACACAGCACGUCUCCUCAGUGAGGAAUGCUCUGAUGUACAACCCCAGUGUCUGCAGUUCUGGUAUCACAUGUACGGCUCAAGCUGGACUAUGGGUCUGAGUGUCUACCUGUUGCAUGGGAAUGAGGCUCAGGAGGUUUGGGGAAAGAGAGAAAACCAGGGGAACACCUGGCAUCAGGCUCUUGUGGACAUCACACCCCAUGGCAAAUUCAAGAUUUUAUUUGAAGGACGUAGAGGCCACAGUGAUAGGUCAGAUGUUGCUUUGGACGACGUGUCAUUACAAAGAGGACCCUGUGCAGGUUUACUGAAAGAUCCGAAUGGUUCAUCUGUAUCCGAAUUGUCACCUAUAAUCUCUACUGUCAACAGCACAAGUGCACCACCAGAGCCACCUAUAAAAAACACCAUAGUCGUGCCUGUUCAUAGAAAUGACCCUGCACCAGUGAAAUCUAAGCUCUCAACUAUUUGCAGAAUGAACUGCAAUUUUGACUACGGUUUGUGCACAUGGACCCAGUUAUUGACUGAUGUUUUUGAUUGGACGAGACAACAAGGUUCCACUCCUACAUCACUGACUGGUCCCUCCUCUGAUCACACAACAGGAACUGGUUAUUACCUGUACAUUGAGGGUGACAGCGCUGCUCAUGGAGACACAGCACGUCUCCUCAGUGAGGAAUGCUCUGAUGUACAACCCCAGUGUCUGCAGUUCUGGUAUCACAUGUACGGCUCAAGCUGGACUAUGGGUCUGAGUGUCUACCUGUUGCAUGGAAAUGUGGCUCAGGAGGUUUGGAGAAGGAGAGAAAACCAGGGGAACACCUGGCAUCAGGCUCAAGUGGACAUCACACCCCAUAGCACAUUCAGGAUUUUAUUUGAAGGACGCAGAGGAGACAAUGCUAGAUCAGAUGUGGCUUUGGAUGACGUCUUUAUACACACAGGACCCUGUGCAGACUUAAUACACCAUCAGACUGCUUCACCUGCACCUGAAAAGCCAACACUAAUCCCUAAAGUCACCAGUGCAACUACAAAAUCUGCAUUCUCACCUGUGUGUGAAUUUGACUGCAAUUUUGACAACAACCUGUGCACAUGGAGUCAGUUAGCGACAGAUGUUUUUGACUGGAAAAGACACAGCGGUCCUACAUCUACAGCAUUGACUGGCCCCUCAUCUGACCACACAACAGGAACUGGUUACUACCUGUACAUUGAGGGUGACAGCGCUGCUCAUGGAGACACAGCACGUCUCCUCAGUGAGGAAUGCUCUGAUGUACAACCCCAGUGUCUGCAGUUCUGGUAUCACAUGUACGGCUCAAGCUGGACUAUGGGUCUGAGUGUCUACCUGUUACAUGGGAAUGAGGCCCAGGAAGUCUGGAGAAAGAGAGAAGACCAGGGGAAUGUCUGGCAUCAGGCUCUUGUGGACAUCACACCCCAUGGCAAAUUCAGGAUUUUAUUUGAAGGACGUAGAGGCCACAGUGAUAGGUCAGAUGUUGCUUUGGACGACGUGUCAUUACUAAGAGGACCCUGUGCAGGUUUACUGAAAGAUCCGAAUGGUUCAUCUGUAUCCCAACUGUCACCUAUAAUCUCUACUGUCAGCAGCACAAGUACACCUCCAGAGCCACCUAUAAAAAACACCAUAGUCGUGCCUGUUCAUAGAAAUGACCCUGCACCAGUGAAAUCUAAGCUCUCAACUAUUUGCAGAAUGAACUGCAAUUUUGACUACGGUUUGUGCACAUGGACUCAGUUAUUGACUGAUGUUUUUGACUGGACGAGACAACAAGGCUCCACUCCUACAUCACUGACUGGUCCCUCCUCUGAUCACACAACAGGAACUGGUUACUACCUGUACAUUGAGGGUGACAGUGCUACUCAUGGAGACACAGCACGUCUCCUCAGUGAGGAAUGCUCUGAUGUACAACCCCAGUGUCUGCAGUUCUGGUAUCACAUGUACGGCUCAAGCUGGACUAUGGGUCUGAGUGUCUACCUGUUGCAUGGAAAUGUGGCUCAGGAGGUUUGGAGAAAGAGAGAAAACCAGGGGAACACCUGGCAUCAGGCUCAAGUGGACAUCACACCCCAUGGCACAUUCAGGAUUUUAUUUGAAGGACGCAGAGGAGACAAUGCUAGAUCAGAUGUGGCUUUGGAUGACGUCUUUAUACACACAGGACCCUGUGCAGACUUAAUAAACCAUCAGACUGCUUCACCUGCACCUGAAAAGCCAACACUAAUCCCUACAGUCACCAGCGCAACUACGAAAUCUGCAUUCUCACCUGUGUGUGCAUUUGACUGCAAUUUUGACAACAACCUCUGCACAUGGAGUCAGUUAGCGACAGAUGUUUUUGACUGGACAAGACACAGCGGUCCUACAUCUACAGCAUUGACUGGCCCCUCAUCUGACCACACAACAGGAACUGGUUACUACCUGUACAUUGAGGGUGACAGCGCUGCUCAUGGAGACACAGCACGUCUCCUCAGUGAGGAAUGCUCUGAUGUACAACCCCAGUGUCUGCAGUUCUGGUAUCACAUGUACGGCUCAAGCUGGACUAUGGGUCUGAGUGUCUACCUGUUGCAUGGGAAUGAGGCUCAGGAGGUUUGGGGAAAGAGAGAAAACCAGGGGAACACCUGGCAUCAGGCUCUUGUGGACAUCACACCCCAUGGCAAAUUCAAGAUUUUAUUUGAAGGACGUAGAGGCCACAGUGAUAGGUCAGAUGUUGCUUUGGACGACGUGUCAUUACUAAGAGGACCCUGUGCAGGUUUACUGAAAGAUCCGAAUGGUUCAUCUGUAUCCCAACUGUCACCUAUAAUCUCUACUGUCAGCAGCACAAGUACACCUCCAGAGCCACCUAUAAAAAACACCAUAGUCGUGCCUGUUCAUAGAAAUGACCCUGCACCAGUGAAAUCUAAGCUCUCAACUAUUUGCAGAAUGAACUGCAAUUUUGACUACGGUUUGUGCACAUGGACUCAGUUAUUGACUGAUGUUUUUGACUGGACGAGACAACAAGGCUCCACUCCUACAUCACUGACUGGUCCCUCCUCUGAUCACACAACAGGAACUGGUUACUACCUGUACAUUGAGGGUGACAGUGCUACUCAUGGAGACACAGCACGUCUCCUCAGUGAGGAAUGCUCUGAUGUACAACCCCAGUGUCUGCAGUUCUGGUAUCACAUGUACGGCUCAAGCUGGACUAUGGGUCUGAGUGUCUACCUGUUGCAUGGAAAUGUGGCUCAGGAGGUUUGGAGAAAGAGAGAAAACCAGGGGAACACCUGGCAUCAGGCUCAAGUGGACAUCACACCCCAUAGCACAUUCAGGAUUUUAUUUGAAGGACGCAGAGGAGACAAUGCUAGAUCAGAUGUGGCUUUGGAUGACGUCUUUAUACACACAGGACCCUGUGCAGACUUAAUAAACCAUCAGACUGCUUCACCUGCACCUGAAAAGCCAACACUAAUCCCUACAGUCACCAGCGCAACUACGAAAUCUGCAUUCUCACCUGUGUGUGCAUUUGACUGCAAUUUUGACAACAACCUCUGCACAUGGAGUCAGUUAGCGACAGAUGUUUUUGACUGGACAAGACACAGCGGUCCUACAUCUACAGCAUUGACUGGCCCCUCAUCUGACCACACAACAGGAACUGGUUACUACCUGUACAUUGAGGGUGACAGCGCUGCUCAUGGAGACACAGCACGUCUCCUCAGUGAGGAAUGCUCUGAUGUACAACCCCAGUGUCUGCAGUUCUGGUAUCACAUGUACGGCUCAAGCUGGACUAUGGGUCUGAGUGUCUACCUGUUGCAUGGGAAUGAGGCUCAGGAGGUUUGGGGAAAGAGAGAAAACCAGGGGAACACCUGGCAUCAGGCUCUUGUGGACAUCACACCCCAUGGCAAAUUCAAGAUUUUAUUUGAAGGACGUAGAGGCCACAGUGAUAGGUCAGAUGUUGCUUUGGACGACGUGUCAUUACUAAGAGGACCCUGUGCAGGUUUACUGAAAGAUCCGAAUGGUUCAUCUGUAUCCGAAUUGUCACCUAUAAUCUCUACUGUCAGCAGCACAAGUACACCUCCAGAGCCACCUAUAAAAAACACCAUAGUCGUGCCUGUUCAUAGAAAUGACCCUGCACCAGUGAAAUCUAAGCUCUCAACUAUUUGCAGAAUGAACUGCAAUUUUGACUACGGUUUGUGCACAUGGACCCAGUUAUUGACUGAUGUUUUUGACUGGACGAGACAACAAGGCUCCACUCCUACAUCACUGACUGGUCCCUCUUCUGAUCACACAACAGGAACUGGUUACUACCUCUACAUUGAGGGUGACAGCGCUGCUCAUGGAGACACAGCACGUCUCCUCAGUGAGGAAUGCUCUGAUGUACAACCCCAGUGUCUGCAGUUCUGGUAUCACAUGUACGGCUCAAGCUGGACUAUGGGUCUGAGUGUCUACCUGUUGCAUGGAAAUGUGGCUCAGGAGGUUUGGAGAAAGAAAGAAAACCAGGGAAACACCUGGCAUCAGGCUCAAGUGGACAUCACACCCCAUGGCAAAUUCAGGAUUUUAUUUGAAGGACGCAGAGGAGACAAUGCUAGAUCAGAUGUGGCUUUGGAUGACGUCUUUAUACACAGAGGACCCUGUGCAGACUUAAUAAACCAUCAGACUGCUUCACCUGCACCUGAAAAGCCAACACUAAUCCCUACAGUCACCAGUGCAACUACAAAAUCUGCAUUCUCACCUGUGUGUGCAUUUGACUGCAAUUUUGACAACAACCUCUGCACAUGGAGUCAGUUAGCGACAGAUGUUUUUGACUGGACAAGACACAGCGGUCCUACAUCUACAGCAUUGACUGGCCCCUCAUCUGACCACACAACAGGAACUGGUUACUACCUGUACAUUGAGGGUGACAGCGCUGCUCAUGGAGACACAGCACGUCUCCUCAGUGAGGAAUGCUCUGAUGUACAACCCCAGUGUCUGCAGUUCUGGUAUCACAUGUACGGCUCAAGCUGGACUAUGGGUCUGAGUGUCUACCUAUUGCAUGGGAAUGAGGCUCAGGAGGUUUGGGGAAAGAGAGAAAACCAGGGGAACACCUGGCAUCAGGCUCUUGUGGACAUUACACCCCAUGGCAAAUUCAGGAUUUUAUUUGAAGGACGUAGAGGCCACAGUGAUAGGUCAGAUGUUGCUUUGGACGACGUGUCAUUACUAAGAGGACCCUGUGCAGGUUUACUGAAAGAUCCGAAUGGUUCAUCUGUAUCCGAAUUGUCACCUAUAAUCUCUACUGUCAGCAGCACAAGUACACCUCCAGAGCCACCUAUAAAAAACACCAUAGUCGUGCCUGUUCAUAGAAAUGACCCUGCACCAGUGAAAUCUAAGCUCUCAACUAUUUGCAGAAUGAACUGCAAUUUUGACUACAAUUUGUGCACAUGGACCCAGUUAUUGACUGAUGUUUUUGACUGGACGAGACAACAAGGCUCCACUCCUACAUCACUGACUGGUCCCUCCUCUGAUCACACAACAGGAACUGGUUACUACCUGUAUAUUGAGGGUGACAGUGCUACUCAUGGAGACACAGCACGUCUCCUCAGUGAGGAAUGCUCUGAUGUACAACCCCAGUGUCUGCAGUUCUGGUAUCACAUGUACGGCUCAAGCUGGACUAUGGGUCUGAGUGUCUACCUGUUGCAUGGAAAUGUGGCUCAGGAGGUUUGGAGAAAGAGAGAAAACCAGGGAAACACCUGGCAUCAGGCUCUAGUGGACAUCACACCCCAUAGCACAUUCAGGAUUUUAUUUGAAGGACGCAGAGGAGACAAUGCUAGAUCAGAUGUGGCUUUGGAUGACGUCUUUAUACACACAGGACCCUGUGCAGACUUAAUAAACCAUCAGACUGCUUCACCUGCACCUGAAAAGCCAACACUAAUCCCUACAGUCACCAGCGCAACUACAAAAUCUGCAUUCUCACCUGUGUGUGCAUUUGACUGCAAUUUUGACAACAACCUCUGCACAUGGAGUCAGUUAGCGACAGAUGUUUUUGACUGGACAAGACACAGCGGUCCUACAUCUACAGCACUGACUGGCCCCUCAUCUGACCACACAACAGGAACUGGUUACUACCUGUACAUUGAGGGUGACAGCGCUGCUCAUGGAGACACAGCACGUCUCCUCAGUGAGGAAUGCUCUGAUGUACAACCCCAGUGUCUGCAGUUCUGGUAUCACAUGUACGGCUCAAGCUGGACUAUGGGUCUGAGUGUCUACCUGUUGCAUGGGAAUGAGGCUCAGGAGGUUUGGGGAAAGAGAGAAAACCAGGGGAACACCUGGCAUCAGGCUCUUGUGGACAUCACACCCCAUGGCAAAUUCAGGAUUUUAUUUGAAGGACGUAGAGGCCACAGUGAUAGGUCAGAUGUUGCUUUGGACGACGUGUCAUUACUAAGAGGACCCUGUGCAGGUUUACUGAAAGAUCCGAAUGGUUCAUCUGUAUCCGAAUUGUCACCUAUAAUCUCUACUGUCAGCAGCAGAAGUACACCUCCAGAGCCACCUAUAAAAAACACCAUAGUCGUGCCUGUUCAUAGAAAUGACCCUGCACCAGUGAAAUCUAAGCGCUCAACUAUUUGCAGAAUGAACUGCAAUUUUGACUACGGUUUGUGCACAUGGACCCAGUUAUUGACUGAUGUUUUUGACUGGACGAGACAACAAGGCUCCACUCCUACAUCACUGACUGGUCCCUCCUCUGAUCACACAACAGGAACUGGUUACUACCUGUACAUUGAGGGUGACAGCGCUGCUCAUGGAGACACAGCACGUCUCCUCAGUGAGGAAUGCUCUGAUGUACAACCCCAGUGUCUGCAGUUUUGGUAUCACAUGUAUGGCUCAAGCUGGACUAUGGGUUUGAGUGUCUACCUGUUGCAUGGGAAUGAGGCCCAGGAGGUCUGGAGAAAGAGAGAAGACCAAGGGAAUGUCUGGCAUCAGGCUCUAGUGGACAUCACACCCCAUGGCAAAUUCAGGCUUUUAUUUGAAGGACGCAGAGGACACAAUGCAAGGUCAGAUGUUGCAGUGGAUGAUGUCUUUUUCCACAGAGGAACCUGUGCAGAUUUAAUGAAACAUUUGGCUGGUUCAUCUACACCUGACAUUACCCAGCGGUAAUAUCUAUAAUCAGCAAACAAAUCUGCAUCUUCACAACUUAAAUAAACCACUACCACUUUCACCACCUCUCUAAGUAUACUAAUAAUCUGGACUUUAGGAUUAAGUUAAAAAUCUUGCCUAACAAAUCAUUUAUGUUAAUAAAGCUAUAAUUGUUAGUUGUUAAAUUUUCUUCUCAAAAUUUUUCAAAACCUUUACUAUACUUCAGUUUGUAACUGCACUUUAGAUGACUUUUUUCUUGCACAUAUUUUUCGUUUACUCAAUGCAUUUCAAAGGGAAAAUCUGCACUUUCUAUUUAGUCAUUUUUAACAGUUCAAUAAAAUAUGAACUCUAGAACAUGGUGAAUGAUGCAUACAUUUUUGUGCCUGUUUUUAUGUAUAUAUGCAUGCACAAUAUCUCCUUCAAAAACAUGUGACUUGAUCUAUUUGCAUCUAUUAUGAUCUAUUUACAGCAUUUACUGAGCCAAAUGUCAUGGCCACUUUAAUCUUGAAAAAUUUCAUUAUACAAGUAUAGUAAUUGCUUUUAGUAAUUCCUUAUGUGGUGGCAUGAUGGCUUAGUGGUUAGCAUGUUCGCCUCACACCUCCAGCGGUGGGUUUCCUCCGGGUGCUCCGGUGUCCUUCCACAGUCCAAAGACAUGCUUCUAGUCUGGUUGGAGUAUCUAUGUGUGCCUUGUGAUGGGUUGGCACUCCGUUCAGGGUGUAUCCUGCCUUGAUGACCCCU